AAAAUGGCGGAUCAGAGACCGCAGAAUUUCUUUACUUGAUCAUCAGAGCUACUUUGGACUUUGAUGUCUUAAACUGUAGUUUUUCAAAUUUUUUGCACUUAUUAAUGUUAAAACGGGCUUAGAAGCUGUACUUAGCAUGAGGAUUGCGUUCAGUCGACAUGUGCAACCUUGUCUGCUCUCGCUCCUUCGACGGUGCAGAAUCAUUACGUUGGCGAGAUCGAAAUACAUUCACAAUCGGUCCUACAACAAGAGAAAAUCCUUGUAUGACGUGAUAGAUGUGCCCCAUACUGCAACACAAGAUGAGAUCAAAGCUGCUUAUUACGAUUUGUCCUUAAAAUAUCAUCCAGACGUGAACAAGAGAGAGAAAGCAGAGCACAAGUUCCAAGAAAUCACAAAUGCAUACAAUGUUUUACGUAACUUAACGUCAAGGAGAGAUUAUGACAAGGAAAUUGGAACAUACUUCACUAUGAGAGGUACAAAGAAGAAGGAAAGUGGAGAGAAGGUUCUACGGUUGACUGAUGAAAUGUUGGAAAUAGACAUGCAAGGAAUUAAACAGAGUCAAGUGUUUCUCAGCACAAUUGCAACUUUGAGCACAAUAACCUGCACACCAGUGAGACUGAUGAAUGUGUCAGUAUCGGAUGGUGGACUCCAGUCUCAUGACAUGAGAGUGUUACAGCUGUUGCGGCAAAUCUGCAGUGGGACACUUGCAGCUAAUACAGGACUGUCUAUGGUAACUAAUGUCCCUGCUGAGCUGCUUGGAGGAAAUUUCUCAGCAGAGGCUGGACGACUGGGUCACUUAAACCUGUUGGUCACAUCAGCCCUUCCGUGCUGCCCAUUUUUACCAGUUCCUGAAUACUCAAAAUUUAACAGACUUCACAUUAAAGGUUCAACACACUCCUACAAGGCCAUUAUUAAUGCCGACUAUAUCCAAAAUAUUAUGAAGCCGUUGAUUGGCAAGUUUGGAUUUGACUUUAACUUUGACAUUCGUAAAAGGAGUUAUCAUCCCUACUGGGAGGGUAAAAUAUGUGUAGAAAGUCUCCCAGUUCAUUGUCUGACUCCUGUUGUAAUGAAAGAAAGUGGAACUAUAAGCAAAAUAACAGGUUGGGCAUUUGUCGCUGGAGCAAAGCCUGUCAGGAUUGCUCAGAUUAUGGUAAAACAGGCACAUCAGAUGCUGAAGACUCACUUCCCACAAGUCCCACUAGACAUUGAUAGCCGACGAGAAAGAGACUGCAGAAGUCAAGGGACCGGGCAGGGGCUGAUGCUUAUUGCAAAAAUGUCUUCUGGCGUUUUGCUGUCAGGGACUGCUAUAUGGGAAAAAGGCAUGGCCCCAGCGGAAGUGGUUUCUAGAGCUGUCCAGGUGUUGGUGAAUAAUGUAAACAGCGGUUCAUGCAUUGAUAGGCUGUUACAGGAGCAUGCUAUCUUACUGAUGGCACUGGCAAGCGGAAAGUCGUCCAUACGGAUGCAGCGGCUCACCAAUCGGGCUAAAGCUACAAUGCUGGCUGUGGAGUCAUUUACAGAGGUGAAGUUUAACAUCAAUUCCAAGACUCCGAAGACUGUCUUGGUUGAAUGCGAGGGCCUAGGACUUAUCAAUGAGCACGUGUCGCCGGAUGACAAUUUGACAUAUGAUUCAGAUUACGAACUUGAAUCAGAUGACGAAUAUGAGUCAUCCGAGGAGCAGGAUUCAGAUAAUGAAAGAGUUCGUAGCGAGGAAAUAGAUGAUGAACACGAAAGAAUACAAAAGACGAUCUGAAUGAAAGCUAAAGCGGAUUGUUAUGUCGAUCGUAAAUGAGCAUCGCAGCUGUAAGGCUAUCCCAACUUCCCUAGCGAUAUUGCCCGAGAGCCGAAAGAGUUACAGUAAGGCAUAUCUUUUUUGUCAUUCCGCUUGUAAGACAUGUGACUGAUGGCUCAGUCACCGAAAUCAUGUGAACGAACACAGAGGCAAGUUGGAAAAUGGGAAAAUGGGAAAUGGGAAAAUGGGUACUUUAUGGAUACUUCAAAAGAACGGAUGACCCACAAUUCUUCCAUUCGCUUCGACGAAGUGCUGACGCUCAAAACGUCAACUUCAGAAACUUUUGACGGUGGCCAAUGUGCAUCAUUAUCCACUGAAAAUUAAAUUAUCUUACAAAAACUCCCCCCCCUCCUCCCCACAGACGCAUCACCACAAUACCUUAGAAACGUACCCCUUUACGCUAUCAAGACUGAAUGCCGUGAGGUAUUUUGUUAAAGGCCCAUUUUCAUCCGAGAUCCUCCGCAGUCGUUUGUUUUUGUUUUGGAAUCGCGCUAUUGUUA